AUGGCGCUGGUCGAGCUCCGCGGCAAGACCAUGCUCGAGAUGGAGAUCCAGGCCGCUGAGAAGAUCCGCAAGGUCCUCAUGAACGAGUUUCCCCUUUUCUCCUUUUGUAACGCGCAGCGCGGACACGGAAACGACGGACGACGAAUCAUCGGCAGUGGAGGGUCUGGACGAAAUCGACCACUCGAUCAAUGUGCGUCGCGACGUGCUGAACUCGCAGCUGAACACGCUGCUGGACGGCAUCAAGUGGCGCGAGAAGGAGCUGCAGAACGUGAAGAUCGAGCAGGCCAAGAUGGAGAGCAUGAGCAGCGAGUACGAAGAGCGGCUUCGCGAAAUGACCGAGAAAAUCAACAAAAUGGAGGGCGAAAAACAGCAGCUCCGCAACGAACUCGCGCAGCUGCUGCAGCGGCGCGCGCUGCGGGCGGAUUACCAGACGGAACACGAUCAAUUGGAGUCGCGGCUGCGGUCGAAGACGGAGGAAAUCAACCGGAUUCGGCAGCAGAAGCAGAACUUGGAGCGCACGAUCGAGAGUCUGCGCUACACGUCGACGCGCAUCACCAAGCUCACGAACGAUAUCGCGGACAUGAAGGCGCAGAAGAUCGAGCUGCAGCGCAAAAUCGAGCAGGUGCAGCGCGAGCAUCGCAUGCAGCUCGACGAGAAGAAGAAGGAAAUCCAGGCGCUGCAGAAGCAGACGCGCCAGCAGACGCGCCAAAUCAGCGACUUGCAGCGCAGCAACACGAAGUCGGACAGUCUGCUCCGCAGCCAGAUCGACCAGACCACGCAGCUCCAGCGCCAGCUCCGCGAGGUGAAGCUGUCGGCGGACAAUCAGCGCCGCGAGUACGAGAUCUAUUCCCGCGAGGACCAGAAGCGGCUGAAGUGGCUGGAGCGGGAAUUGGCGAAGGAGUCGCGGAAAGACUUGGAGCUGCGGCAGCUGAAGAAGCGACUGGAGCAGAAGGACCAAAUGACCACGCGCUUGAAGGACAUGAUCCGGCAGCUGCAGGAAGAAAAGCGGCGCUCGCGAAGCCAUGGCGGUCGUGGGUCGUCGCGGAGCGAAGCAGAAGCGCGGGAGCGCGUGGAAGAGCUGGCGAAUCAGAUCAUGGCGCAGCAGAACGAGCUGGACAUCCAGAAAGACGGGAUCGUGAAGAUGGAGGAGUUGGCGCUGAAGCGGAGCGCGGAGGAAAUGCAGGCGAUCGCGAAGCUGAAGGCGCUGGACCCCGUCGAGUCCACGGCGAUGUGCGUGCUGCUCUAUCGCCGAUCGUGCGAUUUUAUCCGCGGAUUGAACGACUCCGAGAUGAAGCUGGGCGACACGGAGGAGAAAGUGCAGGUGCUGCAGCAUCGAAACGACCAGCUGGAGCAGGAAAAGCUUUCGCUGCGGCAUCAUUACGAGUCCGUCAUCAACACAAUUCGAAACGAAUACGAAAUGACCAUCGAGGGGAUGCGUCGAACCCAUCUCCAGCGCAACUCCGAUAUGGGUAG